GUUCUUGUAGUGACACGUUGACGUGCCCACGGCCAUCGAGGUGAACAGGGUUAGCUGAUGUUCUUUGAACUUUUCACCAAGAUAUCCUCCUCCUUGCCUGCUCCUGUUUCCAAGUUCAGUUCUGUCCUCUCCUUUUCCUUCUCAUCCUGUGAUAGGUAAACCGACUAAAUUGUAAUGAAAACCUGCUUUCAUGGAGUUGUUAACUCUGUUAUUUUAAAGGUUUUAUUUACAUCUAAUUAGAGUCGUUUCAGCACAGCCCCAGAACCUUUCCCUCUGCCCUGAACUGGCACAGCAGGCCUCCCUGGAGGCUCCUGGGUUAGACUGGGCUCGCUCUUCACCUCUGCCAUCGCACUUUCUAAGAUGACGCCACCAUGUGGAGGUCCAAUACCAUACAAGACGAAUUAGCCUUGAGAAAGCUGAUGCCAUCCGUUCCCCAGCAAGUUAGAAGUGCAGUGUGUUGAUGGAAGUAUGUGACGUCUCCUCCAUUUCCCCGAGCUGUUAAACUUUCUUUGUGGGUGGGUGGUUGAUUUCCCUAACUUGUUACUUUGGAAGAUGUUGCUGUUUCUGCUGUCAGUUCCUUCAGAUUGUUGUUGUUAGUGCUCCUUGUAUUUCUAUAGAAUGAACAGAUGUAUUGGCAUGUAAGUAGGAUCCUUGCCUAGAAAUAAUUGAUCACUCAAGGGCAAUGGACAUCAGUGCCGACUAUAGCUGUUAGUUGGGCCUCAGUAUUCCAUCCCACGGACUGGCUUCAGCUGUGUGACCAGACAUGAAUUUAUUGAUUAACUUCUCUGUUGUACAGCUCAGUUUCACUUCAGGCACUUUUUCAUCUUGCACUGUAUUGGUUUGUGUUGUGCUUGGUGGAAACUUUUCAGUAGCUGUUUGUGGGAUAGUGUCACAGGAAGUGCCCCUGUAGAAAUAGAUGUCACCCUCUGAUUUCUGCAAGGACCAGAAAGGACAUUGGUGUAGAGGACAUCCGCCACCAUGAGUUCCGGUACGUUGCCGAAACCCCAGAUGCGUGGUCUUCUGGCCAAGCGCCUGCGGGUUCACAUUGUUGGCGCGUUCGUUAUAGCCCUGGGAGUUGCCGCUUCCUAUAAGUUUGGUGUGGCUAAACCCGGAAAGAAGGCAUAUGCAGAUUUCUACAGGCAUUAUGACUCCAUGAAGGACUUUGAAGAGAUGAGGAGGGCUGGUAUCUUCCAGAGUGCGAAGUGACUUCAGAAUGUACAGAAUAUUUGGAUUGCACUCGAUAGAAGUUCAUUGCUGACCUGUGUUCCUGAACAAUGAAACAUGAAUAUGUGGGCUAAGGAGUGGGUUACCUCAAUAAACAAUUAACAAUUAUAUGGACAGU